AUGAGGUUCUCGGAUGCGGAUGGGUACGCGCGAGGCGAGAGUGUAGUCUGCUUUAUGCUCAAGACCAUAUCGCAAACUUUGGCCGACGGCGACCAUAUUUACGCCAUUGUGCGUGAAACGGGCGCCCACGGUACUGGCACUCCGGCCGGAGAUCGGUUGGAGGCACAGGCCAUCUGGGACGCUUCUGUUCCAUCCUAA